CUCGGCGGGGCGCGGGCAGGAGGGACGCUUCCCUUCGGGUCUGCAGCCAGGACCCGGCUCUGCCGCGCCGCAGCUCGCUCGGUCUGUGUCUCCCCCCGUGUGUGUGUGUUUCGGGUUUGUGACUAGCGCAGCUGGCCCUCUCUCCGCUUUCCCGGGGAUUGCGCUUCUCUCCGCCCGCUGUUUUUCUUGCCCGCAUUCCCAGAGGCUGUAAAGAGACGCAUUCUUUAUUGGGGGGGGGGGGUCCUCUGGCACCCUGCGCCUGGAGUUCCGCGUGGGUUGUGUUACUCCAGGGCAGGCUUUAAAACUCUCCUCUCGCGGGUGCCAGCGAGGCUCCUUCCCCGGGGCUCUGCAGGCGUUGCCUUGAACAGCAGCCGUCCUGGGAUGCUGAUACGAAGCCCCGCUCUGAGGUGCUGGAGCAGUUUUUUCUUGACUGGCUUUAUGGGGCCCGAUCAUUCUGCAAAUGUUCUGUGCUGAAAAUUCCCAAUGACUUCCGGAUCCUGAAACCGCUCUAUAGCGCAAUUCUCCGUCGGGCCGCAGUCUGCUCCUACGCAGCCCUGGCUGGGACGUUGACCCCAACAGAAAUAUAACUCGGUACUUACUAAGUUCGGGAGAUGGCCAGCACCACGCAGAUCUCCAAAGAUGAGCUGGAAGAACUGAGAGAGGCCUUUGCCAAAGUUGAUCUCAACAGCAAUGGAUUCAUUUGUGAUUAUGAGCUGCAUGAACUCUUCAAGGAAGCUAAUCUGCCUCUCCCAGGAUACAAAGUGAGAGAGAUCAUUCAGAAUCUUAUGAUUGACAGUGACAAGAACAAGGACGGGAAGAUUAGCUUUGAAGAAUUUGUGUUUAUUUUCCAAGAGCUGAAAAGCAGUGAUAUUGCUAAAACUUUCAGAAAAGCCAUCAACAGAAAAGAGGGAAUUUGUGCGAUUGGUGGAACAUCAGAGCUCUCCAGUGAAGGAACCCAACAUUCUUACUCAGAGGAAGAAAAAUAUGCCUUUGUAAACUGGAUAAACAAAGCCUUGGAAAAUGAUCCCGACUGCAGGCAUGUUAUUCCAAUGAAUCCAAAUACAGAUGACCUGUUCAAAGCUGUUGGAGAUGGGAUUGUACUAUGUAAAAUGAUCAAUCUUUCUGUUCCGGAUACAAUUGACGAAAGAGCAAUCAACAAGAAAAAACUCACACCAUUUAUAAUUCAGGAGAACUUGAACUUGGCAUUGAAUUCCGCCUCCGCCAUUGGGUGUCAUGUUGUCAAUAUUGGAGCAGAGGACUUGAGGGAAGGGAAACCACAUCUGGUGCUGGGGCUUCUCUGGCAGAUUAUUAAGAUUGGCUUGUUUGCCGACAUCGAACUCAGCAGAAAUGAAGCUUUGGCUGCCUUACUUCGCGAUGGUGAGACUUUGGAGGAUCUUAUGAAACUGUCCCCAGAAGAGCUGCUUCUAAGAUGGGCCAACUUCCAUUUGGAAAAUGCAGGGUGGCAGAAAAUCAAUAACUUCAGCUCCGACAUCAAGGAUUCGAGAGCCUAUUUCCAUCUCCUCAACCAAAUUGCACCAAAGGGACAGAAAGAAGACGAGCUGCAGAUUGACAUUAACAUGUCUGGUUUCAAUGAGAAGGAUGACUUGAAGAGAGCAGAAUACAUGCUUCAGCAGGCAGACAGACUGGGCUGCAGACAGUUUGUUACCCCUGCUGAUGUUGUCAGUGGGAAUCCCAAACUGAACUUAGCCUUCGUUGCAAACUUGUUCAACAAGUAUCCGGCGCUUACCAAGCCAGAAAAUCAGGACAUCGAUUGGACGCUACUGGAAGGAGAGACACGUGAAGAAAGGACCUUCCGUAACUGGAUGAACUCUCUCGGUGUGAAUCCACACGUAAACCAUCUGUAUGGUGACCUGCAAGAUGCACUGGUAAUAUUGCAACUAUAUGAAAAGAUCAAAGUUCCUGUCGACUGGAAUAAGGUUAACAAGCCACCAUACCCCAAGCUUGGUGCAAACAUGAAGAAGCUCGAAAACUGUAACUACGCAGUGGAUUUGGGAAAGCGUCCAGCCAAAUUCUCUCUGGUGGGCAUUGGUGGACAGGACCUGAAUGAUGGAAACCAAACAUUGACGCUAGCUUUAGUCUGGCAGCUGAUGAGGAGAUACACCCUGAAUGUUCUCGAGGACCUUGGUGAUGGUCAGAAAGCAAAUGAUGACAUCAUAGUAAACUGGGUGAACAGGACACUGAGAGAAGCUGGCAAGUCAACCUCCAUUCAGAGCUUUAAGGACAAGACUAUCAGCACUAGCUUGGCAGUGGUGGAUUUAAUUGAUGCCAUACAGCCUGGUUGUAUCAACUAUGAUCUUGUAAAGACAGGUGACUUAUCAGAAGAUGACAAACAGAAUAAUGCUAUGUAUGCUGUGUCCAUGGCGAGAAGAAUUGGAGCCAGAGUAUAUGCUCUUCCAGAAGACCUUGUGGAGGUGAAACCAAAGAUGGUUAUGACAGUGUUUGCCUGUUUGAUGGGCAGAGGAAUGAAGAAAGUGUAAGAUGCUGACACAUGUGCAAAAAUCCCAACCUUCCACCCCAGUGCAUGACUAGCUGAUCAGCUGUGUCCGGGAUGAAAUGCUGUUGGCCUAAGAACUGUUGAAGUUUCAAGGAUUCUCAGUUUUGCUUUGCAAGGCUAGAACAUUAUCAACGUUUUCAGGGAAAGGAGUUUUUAACCAACAGAUUUGCUCUUUUCCCAGAAUGGAAGUUUGAUUUAAAGUGCUCACGGGAAUGCAUUCAUAUCAGACCAGCAUCUCAGAAAAUGCUGCACUGGACCUAUUUCUCAGAUAUUCUGUGUUUUUUCUUCUGAGGGUUGCUAAGGUGGUUGGCAUGAAUCUUAAUAGAAACAAAUUUCACUUGCUAUCUAAAAGACAGUUUAUCUUGUGUCUUGUGGUCAAAUCUCGUGUGUUCUGGGUUUGAGCUUUUAUUCCUUGCCUCUGUAACCAUAAAGUUACAGAAGUAACUGGGAUCUGUAGCGCAAUUUAUAAGGUUAAAUGAGAAAAUUAUAUUUCUGAAGAUCAGUCUUCCUGCAGUAUUCUCUCUACAUGGUGCUUUUUUUAUACACAUAACAAAUAUUUUGAUUACUUUACAAAUAAAGCAUAGUGGUUUUUUUCUUGCUACCUUUUAUUUAAAGGUCUUUCAAGAUAGAGUAUAUUUGAGAAUACCACCUAAAACUCAGCCUCUCUGGCAGUAGUGGACAUCUGAUGGCAUCCAAUAACAUGCUGAUGGCAUCAUUACAUCUGAGAAUCCAAAUGAAUGCAUUUUUGUACGCAUCUUGGUUCAAUUGUGUGCACCUAGAAAAUAAUUUUUACAAAUCCUGCAUGUAAACUUCUGUUACUUUUUUAUUUAAAAUGCUGUUGGGAAUAAAACAAUAAAACGCUGUAGGGCGGCUAUGAAGGGAAGAAACAAAUGUUAUGAACAGCAGGGUUAAGUAAUCUGAACUGCAAAGUGCCGAGACCUAAAACUAUUUUUUACAAAUAUGCAGGAAGUGGUGUCACCAAAGAAGGAAGGAGCUGUAUCCAUAGGAGUUAAUGUACUCUUGCUUUGGCAAGCUGUUGGCUGUAUUUUGAGAUCACAUUGCUAUUCUGAGCUAUUCAAAUGCUGUAAUAUGGUGGCAAAGCAUUAGUUGAAAUAAAAACAUUUAAAUACAA